AUGUUUUUUGCUACUGUUGUCUUCACUCUGGUUAGUGGAGUAGCAGCCCAGUCUGCUUGUGCUUCUACUUGGGCCCAAUGUGGUGGAAGUAAUUACAAUGGAGCAACCUGCUGUGUUAGUGGAAACACCUGCUCUUCUAUAAAUCCAUACUAUUUUCAGUGUAUCCCAAGCACUCAGAAGGUAUCGGGAUCUAGUUCUACAACCUCUAGCACUAAAAUCUCUGGCACUAUCACUACGACCUCUACUCAAGGAGUGACUACUACUCACGCAGUGACUGGGACUUCCAAGUACACGACAAGCACUUCUUAUCCCGCAGCAACUGCUACACAGCCAGCAUACCCCUCUGUAGAUGCUAGCUCCUGUGGAGCGUGGACCCUCGUUGACAAUGCUUGUUGUCCGUCUUACUGUCUAUCCAAUAACGAAUCAGAGUCCUGUACUAGCAGCUGCUCGGGUGGGUGUGGAUCUCCGCCCUCGUCAAUGUGCAAGUCUGGCACUAUGUGGGGAGAACAAACUACAGUGGGAACAAAUGAAGCUUGGCACUACAGUCGCUCAACACAUUUUGGUCUUACCAGCGGAGGUGCUUGCGGUUUUGGGCUUUAUGGUCUCUGCACCAAAGGCAGUACCACCGCAAGCUGGACAGACCCAAUGCUCGGCUCGACUUGUGAUGCAUUCUGUACCGCAUAUCCGCUCCUAUGCAAGGAUCCCUCAAAUGUCACCCUAAGAGGAAACUUUGCGGCGCCAAAUGGUGACUAUUAUACCCAGUUCUGGCCUUCAUUAAGCGCCGGUGCACCAGGCGAUCCGGACAACUAUCUUUCGUGCGGAGAAUGCUUUGAACUCAUCCGCACCAAGGCUGAUGGAACUGACUACGCGGUUGGAGAGGCUGGAUACACUGACCCAAUCUACUUGGAGAUCGUGGACAGCUGUCCCUGCAGUGCUAAUUCCAAGUGGUGCUGCGGUUCUGGUGCUGACCACUGCGGCGAAAUCAACUUCAAAUACGGCUGCCCCCUCCCCAAGGAUAGUCAUCAUAUGGACCUGUCUGACAUUGCAAUGGGCCGCUUGCAAGGUAACGGUAGUCUGACUGACGGUGUAAUUCCCACUCGCUACCGACGUGUACCUUGCCCCAAGCCCGGAAAUGCAUAUGUGUGGUUGCGAGACGGUGGCGGUGCGUACUAUUUUGCUCUAAGUGUAGUCAAUACGAACGGGGUUGGGUCGGUCACUGCCGUCGAGGUUAAGAGCGCCGAUUCGAGUACCUGGGUUGCGCUUGAGCACGAUCCAAACUACACCAGCAGUCGGCCUCAGGAGCGAUAUGGUGCUUGGGUUCUGCCCCAUGGUGCUGGGCCGUUCGCACUACCCGUUGGUAUCCGAGUUACAUCCCCAGACGGACAGCAGAUUGUGAACGAGGCGGCUAUCUCAACCUUUACGGCGCCAGCUACCUCGGUCGCGGGAUUCUACUAUAUUGACCUUGGCGUGCAAUUUACUUAG